UUUCUUUCUUCUUAUUUUCCCCCUUUAUUUCUUUUAUUUUCCUAUCUAUUUCCUUUUGAGAAUUUGGGGUUUUCGCUCAGUGAUUUUGUGGGCGAGCUUGACCUUUUCCGGGUCCCUCGUAAGGUUUUCUAUGGUUCUCGUUAAUUUCCUUUUCAGCACUUCAGCGAGCGUUUUGAUUUCUAGCGAUGCUUUGUGGGAAACUCUCUGGGUUUACUUUUGUUUUCUUAUUCAUAGUGUUUCAUAGCGGGAUUGGGAUCUGGGAGAGGGUCAGGGCCAGGGAUUCUUACAUCUUGGAAAUGGCAGUGCGCCGAUAUUCCUGUUGCAAUGGGGCUGGUUUGGUUUCGGGAAUUUCGUCACGGCAUCGACAGGACAGAUCUCCAGAGCUCUUGGACCGUUCACGUCCAGAGGUCAACCUCUUGCACAUUCGGGUGCAACCCAUCAGAGAGUCCUAUCUAGGACUUUGUUCGGAAACAACAACUACAACAAGAAUGACAACAUCACCAUCAACAUCAUCAUCAACACCAACAACAGUCUGCCUUGCCAUCGGCAACCGCACACGGAGGAGCGGGCAGAGGAAGGAUAACACUUUGGUUAUCCACACCGGCUCUCAUGAGCAAAAGUGGUAGAGGGCGGGGCGGGGAUCGUCAGUUUACAGGAUCUCACUCGAUCGUCUCACGACAAGAGCACACUCUUUUGAAUCACAAAUUUCUUAUGUACAAGGAUUUCCAAUUUCGACCAUCAUUCAAGUUGAGGAAUCGGAGGGAGAGCCUGAACAUGGUGACGAUAUGAGGGGGAUCUAAUCAGUCUGCUCUGGACUCAUGAACUCAGGCCCGAGAACGAGACAAGGUGUGAUUCACAAGUGGACGUCUGAAUACGCAGGGAGGAAGCUUCGAGCCCAAGACUAUAGACGUCGGUGGGUUUCCAGUUUAGACUUGGGAAUUGCGCUCUGGGAUGAAUGCAUGUCCAAUGAUGAACUUCUGUAGCUGAAUUUCAAAGCUAAUACGACGCAUAAAACCUCAACAUUUCUUUUACC